GAGUGUAAAAACAGAAAUUCAAAGAUUUUCGAUAUAACCUUCAAACAAACGCGAUAACUACAAGAGAUAAAACAACAACAUAGAACAAACAUGCAGCGUCGUAACAAGAUUGCCAGUUCUCAGCGGUAUAUUUGUCGGUGAUGGUGAGCUCUAAAUUACGCUGGUGUCCCUUGAAAGCGGCGAUUCUGAUCUUCACGAUGUACUCUUUGCCAUUUUUGAAAGUGUAACUUGUCACCAGAGAUGGACCAACUUCGUUCAUACUUGGCGACGGCGGAUGUUAACGUGACAUCGGAUAUCUGACAUAAGAAGUUUUCAAGUAAAUUGGCACCUCCAAAAAAAAAGAAGAAAAGAAAAAGUAAUUGCGUCGAAAAUACAAUUUGAAAAAUUGAAUAAGCGGAUUGAGCGCUUAAAUUUCACGAUCUGCACACGGACAGUAUGAGCUCGAUAAUUAGGUAACGCGUAAUCGUCACGAAGUAUGAGAGCGCGGUUCAGUAUACGUUGAUGCGUGGCUGUCAGUGCCAUGAUACGAAAUGUUCCGAAUCAGAGGAUGAGUUUAAAUUCAUGACGAAAAUAAGUAGUUGAAUCGUGAAUAUGUGGUCCUUCUUCUCAAGAGACCCUGCCAAAGAUUUUUCAUACGAGAUCGGUGAACCAGUUCCUGGUCUAGACGAAAAGAGCAUUUGGACAUUGCACAGGGCCAAGAAAAAGGGUUCUGUAGGCGGUGAAGAUGUCUCGGUGUUUGUGUUUGAGUGCAAGACCAGUAAUGAACACCUUUUGAACAUAGCUCGUUCGGCAGUGAAGAGAUUAAAAACACUUAGACAUCCGAGUAUACUUGCAUAUCUUGAUAGUUUUGAGACGAAUAAAGUAAUUUAUUUAGCAACCGAACGCGUAGAAACUUUGUACAGUCGAUUGACAAGAAAAUCUGAUAACGAUGAUGAAUCUAAGAAGCAAUUAUAUUUUUCUUGGGGAAUAUUCCAGAUCACUAGAGCAUUGAAUUUUCUAAAUAACGAUGGUAACCUACGACAUAACAAUGUCAAUUUGUGGACUGUGUUUGUUAAUGAGGAAAGUGGGGAAUGGAAACUUGGCGGUGUCGAAUACAUGACAGCAGUAGAUGCUGUUUACAAUACAUUGCCACAGACGUUUGAAGUAUAUUACCCUCUCGAUAUUAAGGAAAAUGUAAUGCCAGCCACCAAAUGAUUCCAAAACAAUUGCAAGUCAUAUAUCGUGAAUUGACCAGUAGCAACGCAGAAGGAAGACCAAAUCCUGCCGAUGUAAUAGCACGUUGCCGCAGUAAUGGAGGAUUUUUUAAAACCGAAUUAGUAGACGCACUUUUAUUCUUAGAGGAAAUUCAAAUGAAAGAAAGAGGAGAAAAGGGACGAUUUUUCGCGCAACUUGCUGGCCAGUUAGAAUCGUUUCCAGAUGGUGUUGGCAGGUAUAAAAUUUUACCACAAUUACUGGCUGCUUUCGAAUUUGGCGACGCCGGUAGUGCAGUAUUACCUCCUCUAUUACAACUUGGCUGCCAACUCCCUGAUGUUGAAUAUCAACGGAGAGUUGUACCAUGCGUCGUGAAAUUAUUUGCAUCCAACGAUAGAGCAACAAGAUUAAGAUUGUUGCAACAAUUAGACCGAUUUGUUGAUCAUUUGCAACCAGCAACAGUUAAUGAAGCAAUCUUCCCACAGGUAGCCAAAGGUUUUUUAGACACAAACGCUGCAAUUAGGGAACAAACGAUAAAAUCUGUCGUACACUUAGCACCAAAAUUAGAUUAUAAUAAUCUUAAUGUGGAAACAUUGAGGUACUUUGCUAAACUUCAGUCGAAAGAUGAACACGGCGGCAUACGUACUAAUACCACAGUUUGUUUAGGAAAAAUUGCUCAACAUCUUCAUCCUCAGAUUAGACAGAAAGUAUUAAUUGGAGCAUUUAUUCGAGGUACACGAGAUCCAUUUCCACCGGCUAGAGCAGCGAGUAUUUUAGCAUUAGCUGCAACGCAACAAUACUUUCUAUUACAAGAAGUUGCAAAUCGUAUUUUACCAGCUCUGUGUCCACUCACUACAGACAUGGACAAAGGAGUAAGAGAUAACGCAUUUCGUACUAUUCGUGGGUUUUUAUCGAAACUCGAGAGAGUAUCAGAAGAUCCUGGAUUACGCGAAUCUAUGGAGGCUGACGUAAAUACAGCUACACCAAGUCUUAGCAAUGCAGCCGCAACAUGGGCUGGUUGGGCUGUGACAGCUGUUACUGCUAAAUUUUAUCGCAGUCAGUCAGAUACACCUAAAUCAUCAAAUUCACAUAACGUAUCUAGAAUUUUAUUAAACAAACCUGCCUCUUUAGAGCAAGCUAGCAGUUCACAAAGCAGUGCUAGUACAACUGCCACAACAAGUAGCGCUACAAGUAUGACCUCGUUAGACCAUGAUCAUGAACACGAUUUACAAAAUGCUACAAACGCAAAUUCAGAUUGUGAUUGGGAUUGGGAUGCUGACAAUUGGGGUGAUAUGGAACAGCAAUCUUCUAAUACACCAGGACAUGGACCAAGUAAUAUUUCACCUUCUCCUCAUUCUCCUAAACCUAAUGAUCAGUGGACAAGUCUUGAAGAAGAACCAGAGGAAGAAGCAGCACAAAAUAUCGAAGAUAAGAAUGAAUCUUCUGACGUCGGUUGGGAGGACUCAGAAUUUCAACCUCUAGAAGAUUUUCAACCAUUAGAACACACACAAUCAGAAAACGUUGAAAGUACCAAUACGAUUAGCGGAAAUAAUAAAUUGGAAGAAGCCAGAAGAAAACGAGAAGAGCGUAAACUAGCCAGGCAAAGACAAAUGGAAGCAAAAAGAGCGAUAAAACUACGAAAUAACGUCGCUGUUAAAAAACCCUAAUUUAAUUGCCAUUUAAUGACUGCGUUCAUGUAUUUAACAAAACGAAGAAAUUAAAAAAAUGAUGAAUGUGAAAUAAGUAUUUUUUCCUGUUAGUGACCGAUUGGUAUCUAUCGAAAAUCAAUUUUGAAUUGUUUUUUUUUUUUAACAUUGUUUAUUGCAUUAUAUAUUCUUAUAAAAUAUGUAUUAUAUAUAUAUUCAGUAAAAUAUAAUUGCAUAUUAAUAAUUUUUUAACCUGUACAUCCUAUGUUAUAUUUAUUGAUUCACGUUGCGACAGUUCAUCGAUUAAAAAGUUUUCAAAAGGACUAAUAAUUCUUUUUUUCAAAUGCUUGAAACAAAUAUAGUAGAAAUUUUUGCUUAAAAUUGAUGAGCUAAAUCUGUGUAACGAUUCAAAUCGUAAAUUUUUUUAAAACAAUUUUAGAUAUCGUUUCUCUUCUAUUAUCAUAAAUGAGACUGUUCUGCAGUAGCUUCUGCAGGAAAUCUCAUGUUAAGAUAAUUCGCAUUAUUAGGUUCGCGUUUGAAACCCAAGCUUUCAUAAAAUGGUAUUAAAUGAUCUUUGCAAUCUAGUGUUAACUUAUAACAUCUUAAAUAAUGUGAUAAUUGUAAUAUAAUUUUGACUGCCAGCUUUCCUAGAUGCUUACCACGGUAUUCAGAGUUUACUACUACAUCUUCUAAACGACCUCUCUCCUCUAUUAUAACAACAUAAUAAUUACCAGCAUUUUUCAUCAUGUGGAAACGAUCUACAUGUAUGAAAAUUAAAUUCUUACAAUCACAUUUAGAGAUGAAUUCCUUGAAUUUUAGAAAACUUACUAAGAAAUUGUUCUCUACUGACAUUUCCAACUUCAGUUAGUUGAGCCAAAAGUUGAAGGAAACCUCUGUCAUAAUCCUUUGACUUUAAAGGUCUAAUUGAAAAACCAUUGCUCUGUGGCAAAGACAGUUGUUUCAACACGCUCGGGUUAAACAAGUCGUUUUCCAGAUCUUUAAGACAUUUUCCCUCUAUGGAACUCAUGGCAAGUACACACGCUAUUUCAGAUUAUUAGUGAAACACGUUUGAUAGAUAUAUAUAUUUUUAUCUUCCGCGUUUUUGUUCAGACCAGUGCGUAUGAGGACGUUUGUGAAUAUUCCGUUUGAUCUUAUUGUAACCACAAGGUUACGCUUCCACGUAGCUACCUUGAAAUAUCGGUAUACUUCUCGUAUUUUAUUCCAAGGAUUAACUCGAUAAGUCUGUGUUAAAAGUUUACUUUCCUUUAUGAUCGCAUGUCACACCGUCAUAAAGCAGAUUUAUAGAAUAUGAAAUGUAUCUUGAUUAACAAGAUAUACGAGUUUCAUUUACGUAGACUCGUAUUUGAUUUUCAUCACAGAUAUCAUCGAUCGUUUUUAAUAUUUUCGGUCGUCGGUAAUUGACUUUCAUUUAUUCCUCGUCAUUGAAAUGUCACUUUUCAAAAUUUUUGCA